CCCACGCAAGCUAUAUAUAGCAAACAAAGAUAUGGGUCGUGUUUACCUCCCGAUCCACAGUGUGCUGAUGCACGUCGUCGCCGCGCUGGUGGUGUUGGUGUACAUCCCACUGUCUGUACCUGUCCGGCUGUUCUUGUGGGCGUUCGUGAAGCCGCUGAGGAGAGAGCAACUCAGAGGAAAGGUCGUCCUCAUUACCGGCGCCUCCUCCGGCAUCGGCGAGGAACUUGCCUACCAAUAUGCUAGCAAAGGGGCGUCCCUCGCUCUGGUGGCACGGAGGAAGCAGGCGCUCAAGAGCGUCGCCGCGGCCGCCCGCGAGCGCGGCGCGCCGGACGUCCUCGUCCUCGACGCCGACGUCUCCGACGCCGGCCAGUCGAGGCGCGCCGUCGAGGAGACCAUCGCGCACUACGGCAAAUUGAAUCAUCUGGUCGCCAAUGCCGGGAUCUGGUCCACCUGCCCUUUCGAUGAAAUCACCAACAUAACCGCGUUCACCACGAUCAUGGAUGUGAAUUUCUGGGGCGCCGUGUACCCGACCUACUACGCGCUGCCGCACCUCAAGGCCAGCAGGGGAAAGCUCGUCGUCUGCUCCUCCGCGGCAGGAACGGUGGCCACCUCAAGGAUGAGCUUCUACAACGCGUCCAAAGCGGCGGUGCUGAGGUUCUACGAGACGCUGAGAGCGGAGCUCGGCUCGGAGGUCGGCGUCACCAUCCUCACCCACGGCUACGUCGAGUCCGAGAUGACCAUGGGCAAGGCCGUCCAGAAAGACGGCGUGCUCGUCGUCGACCAGGAGGCCAGAGACGUGCAGAUCGGGGUGUUCCCGGUGGGCGGCGUGGGCGCCAUGUGCCGGGUCGCCAUGGACGGCAUCCGGAGGGGCGACCGGUACGUGACGUGGCCGUCCGUGUACCGGCCGCUGCAGCUGGUCGCGUGCCUCGCGCCCGAGAUCGUGAGCUGGCUGUCCUACGCGAUGUACAACACCAAGGCGGGAGGAGGAGCGCCGCUCAGCAAGAGAGCCCUCGACGCCACCGGCGCGAGGCGGUUCUUCCCGGAGGGGCUCCGCCGCAACCCGGUCGUCAUCAAGACGGACGAGGAGUGCGACGGCGACGAAGGCGUCGCCGCAUGUAAUUAACUUGCGGGCCGUCGCACGUACACACACAUACAUGCUGUGCAGGAAAUAAUUCGAGUCGAGCGUUUGGGUAUUUGUGUACGAGUAACUUAUAGAUCACGAGGUGUUUUGGACUUUUGGUCGCAUCUUGUAAGAUGUAAUUAAGAGUUAUUUGAACUAUGAAAUAAUAAUAGAUACUACAAAUUUAAGUCUA